AACCAAUACCGAUCUAGGGCCACUGAGGUAGUAAAAGCUAUCAUACAGGGUCUCAAUGGUAAGGUUGACAAACUCGCCACAGCUGUGGUAGCUAAAGUUGAACAGGCUCUCAAAUCAGCUCAAGCUCAACCUCAAGAUCAAGGUAAUGUCACAGUUAAUCUCACCACUAACAUCAGUGGAGUCCUCAAUGCUGCUAAUGGUCUCUCCGGUCAAGUCCAAGACGUCAAAACCCAACUCGAAGAACAUCUUGAAAUCACUAAUAUCCAAUCUGGUGUUCCUAAAUCUCAAGUCACUGAAGCCCUCGAAACCCUCACUGAUCCUGCUAAAAGACAAGCUGCCGUCGCCGAAGUCAAAGGAGCCCUCGGUGCCAGUCACAAUGAUGAAGCCAAAAUUGAGGACAAAGAUCUCACCGAUCCUGCCACAGAAGCUCUCAAAUCUGUCAAACUCGACGGUCAGGCAGGUGCAGUCAAAACUAAACUCACAGAUCAAGUUACUGGCCAAACCCAAAUCAAUACCAGUGCCGAUUCAAUUACAGCAGCCCUCGGAAAACUUGAACAACUUAAAUCUGGUACUACUGGUGAAAAAGAACCCAAAGAUGAUGCCCUCGCUGAUGUCAAAGAAGCACUCUCAGAAUCUGGUGAUUCUGGUGCCAAAACCGAAUUCAUUAGUCUGUUCCACAUUAAGGGCACUGAUGGCUACAGUAGUCUAGAUAGUGCCCAUUGGUACAUUAUGUUUCCAUUCCUUAUGGUCCUAGUUGGCAUGGGACUUGUCUACUGCAUAUAUCCUGCCAUAGCUCCUGGAAUGAUUGUUCCAUUCUACCUGAUUGAUAAGAUUGAGAUGGUACUGUUGAUCAUGACCAUAUUUCCAGCUCUGUAUGUGGCAAUUGCCAGAAGUGGUAAAUUGAUACCAGGUUUUGGUGGUUUCUUCAAUCCCGUGUCUCCUACAUGUAAUUGGGGAGCCAAAAAUGAACUACCCUGGAUACCUGGAGUACCAUUAGGCCAAGGAUACCACUGGCACCUGACUGACCUAGUGAUUCCCACAAUGAUCAUUUUAGCCUAUUUAUUUAUUUACUCACUGCAUUACAGAGACUCAUCAGUUGCCAGAUCAAUCAUCAACCAACCCAAAAUGUCUACAUGUCUAACCAUUCUAUUCUAUAUGUGUCAUGAGAUCUCAUUGGCUGUAGGAUUUCCAGGUAUCUUUGGUGGUAAUGGAGGUGGUAGCAUCCUAGCCCUUACGGCACAGCUGAUAGGUGCAUUUCUGAUGUGUCUGUUAGCUCCAUAUUCUGAAGGUUACAUUAUUGAGUAUAAGAGACAUGAUCCUAGCAAUUGGCCUACAGCAGGAAUGACUAGGUGGAAUGCCCUUAGGUACUGGACCAAACAGGCCUCCAAGAACUGCAAUAAGAACCUAGCAGCAUUGUUCACCAAGGACCUGAGAAGAGACCUGUUACUAUGCAUAGAAAGAAAUGAGCUAAUCUAA